AUGUCCAUGAAAGCUGUUGUUUUCCGAGGCCCCUUCGACAUCCGUGUCGAGCAGAAGCCAAGACCGCAGAUUCAAGAUGAUACGGAUGCCAUUAUUCGAGUCACAUUGGCAGGAAUAUGCGGAAGUGAACUUCACAUGUAUCGCGGCCAUCAGCAAACGGCCACCGGGCACAUCAUGGGUCAUGAGUUCGUCGGAAUCGUUGAGGAAACAGGAAAGGCCGUCGCCCUGUUUCACCCCGGUGAUGAGAUUGUAUCUAUCUUUUCUCCAGUCUGUUUGAAAUGCUGGUUCUGUCUUCAGGGUUUAACAAAUCGUUGCGUCAAUGGCGUGGCGUUUGGCACCAACUUGCUCAACGGCGGUCAAGCCGAAUACGCCCGCGUCCCUUUCGCUGAUGGCACCCUUCAGCAUGUUCCAGCAAAACUAGAUCGCCGACUGCUUAUCAUGAUGUCCGACAUCUUUCCAACAGGAUACUACGGCGCGCAGCGAGCUAUCGAGGGUCUUCGCACACAGUAUAAUUCCAGACUCACGUCUUUCAAUUUGAAAACAGCAAGUGAAAAGCUCCAUGAGUCGACCAUUGUUAUUCUUGGUUGUGGGCCGGUAGGAAUCUGUGCCAUUGCUGCAGCUCGCUCAGAAGGAAUCAAGACCGUGUUUGCGAUUGAUAGCGUUAAAGACCGCUUGGAUGAGGCUGAGCAGUUCGGCGCGAUCCCGCUCAUGCUCGGAGAGGACGAUAUUAAUGCUCGAGUGCUGGAGGCAACUGACAAUAGAGGAGCAGAUGCCGUUGUUGAGGUUGUCGGAAAUAAACCCGCACUUCGCUCUGCAUUUGAUCUACUACGCCCAUGUGGUGUUUUGUCAUCAGUGGGCUUCCAUCAAGGCGAGCUACCCUUCACAGGCCUUGAAUGCUAUCAGAAAAACAUCACUGUUAACUUUGGACGCGUACCUGUCCGUACCGUGUUCGAGGAUGCGUUGCAGUGCUUGACGGAAAACCAGGAGAAAAUGCAAAGCUACAUUACGCAUGAGUUACCUCUUGAUGAUGCUGCCAAGGGUUAUGAGAUCUUUGAGCAAAGAAAAGCGAGAAAGGUCAUCCUCAACAUUUCGAAAUAG